UGCAGGAGCAAAUACAAAGCAACUUCAUUGUUGUGAUACAUCCUGGAUCAACAACUCUUAGAAUUGGGAGAGCCACUGAUACACUUCCUGUUAGUACUCCUCACAUCAUAGCAAGAAGACAGAAACAUCAAGGACAGCCUGUAUACAAAGACAGUUGGCUCUUAAGAGAUGGACUCAAUAAACCUGAAAGUACUGAGCAAAGACAAAAUGGCCUUAAAAUGGUGGACCAAGCAAUAUGGUCCAAAAAGAUGUCAAAUGGUGCAAGGCGUAUACCGGUGUCACCUGAUCAGGCUCGAUCAUAUAACAGACAGAUGCGACCGGCUAUUCUAGAUCACAGCUCUGGUAACAAAUGGACAAAUACAUCCCUUCAUCCUGAGUAUCUGGUAGGAGAAGAGGCGUUGUAUGUUAAUCCUUUAGACUGUUAUAAUAUUCAUUGGCCUAUUCGAAGAGGACAAUUAAACCUUCACUCAGGACCUGGUGGCUCCCUUACUGCAGUACUAGCAGAUCUUGAAAUUAUCUGGUCGCAUGUAAUACAGAAAUACUUAGAAAUACCACUGAAAGAUUUAAAGUAUUACAGGUGCAUUUUACUAAUUCCAGACAUCUAUAAUAAACAACACGUGAAAGAACUGGUACAUAUGAUCCUAAUGAAGAUGGGCUUUUCAGGUAUAGUGGUCCAUCAGGAGUCUGUCUGUGCUACUUUUGGAAGUGGCUUAAGUAGUGCAUGUAUAGUAGAUGUAGGGGAUCAGAAGACAAGUGUUUGCUGUGUAGAGGAUGGCGUUUCACAUCGUAACACCCGGUUGUGUCUUGCGUAUGGAGGGUCUGAUGUAUCAAGAUGUUUUUACUGGCUUAUGCAGCGAGCUGGAUUUCCUUACAAGGAUUGUCAGUUAACUAAUAAAAUGGACUGCUUACUCCUUCAGCACUUAAAAGAGACAUUUUGUCAUUUAGACCAGGAUAUUUCUGGACUGCAAGACCAUGAGUUCCAGAUUCGCCAUCCAGACUCUCCAGCCUUAUUAUACCAGUUCCGAUUAGGAGAUGAAAAACUACAGGCUCCAAUGGCUCUGUUUUAUCCAGCAACGUUUGGAAUUGUAGGGCAGAAAAUGACAUCUUUGCAACACAGAUCACAAGGUGACCCAGAGGAUCCUCAUGAUGAACAUUAUUUGUUAGCUACCCAGAGUAAACAAGAGCAGUCUGCGAAAGCUACAGCUGAUAGGAAGUCCAUGUCCAAGCCUGGUGGAUAUGAGGGAGACUUGCGUGGCCAGUCCUCAGACAUUUCAGAGAGGAUGUAUCCUCAAGAAGUGGAACUGGGAUCAUCUCAGAGUGAUUGUCUAAUAGCUGGAAAUGAGUCUGAAGAACCCCUAGCAGCACACAUGUCCAGGAAAACCGCUAUAUCUCAGUUUGAAGGCAAAGCACUAGGCCUUGACAAAGCCAUUCUUCAUAGUAUUGAUUGCUGUGCAUCUGAUGAUACCAAAAAGAAGAUGUAUAGUUCUAUCCUAGUAGUGGGAGGAGGUCUGAUGUUUCAUAAAGCUCAAGAAUUUCUUCAGCACCGAAUUCUCAAUAAAAUGCCUCCUUCUUUCAGAAGAGUUGUUGAAAAUGUAGAAGUCAUUACAAGACCUAAGGAUAUGGAUCCACGCUUGAUUGCAUGGAAAGGGGGUGCAGUUUUGGCCUGCUUGGAUACAACCCAGGAACUAUGGAUAUAUCAGCGAGAAUGGCAACGCUUUGGUGUCCGGAUGUUACGUGAGAGAGCUGCAUUUGUGUGGUAAUCUAAUGAGAUUACAGUGGAAUCUCAAUUAACUGAAUAUUAUUUUUCAAAACUGUCCAAAUCAGGCUCAUUUCCCCUGUUUGUGGUUUCAGACUCUUUAAAUGUGCUAGGUUUUGGCUGACAUUUUUUUUAAGGUGAGCCUGAUUUAGAUGACAGAAUCCUACUGAGUCAUAAUGGAAUUAAGUGCCUAAAAUGCAUGGGCAUCAUUAAGAAUGCCAGUUUUUGGUUUUUUACAUACCAACUUUUGUGCAUAAAGGUGGCUCCUGCUUUAUCCAAAUACAUUAUAAACAAUUAUAGGUCAUAAGUUAAACUUAAAGCUGUACGUAAUUGAAUAACUAUGUAUAAAAUACUAAAGUGGCAUUUGUAAAUCAGUAACAUACAGAGUGAUUUGGUUUAACUCAAGAAGCAGAAAGUCUGGACCUGGAGGCUUUGAAAGUAAAAUUGCUAUGCCUCGUGAUAGGACUGAUUUAAAAUGUAAUAAAUAUGACUUCUUAAAGAUAGAAAACCUUUAAGACCAGAACUUGGUGAAAAAGCAAAAUUAAGUACCUUAACACAACUUUUUCCUUCUGUAUGAUCUUCAUGAAUUUUAUUUAAUGCAAUACUAGUUCUCACAUUUUCUUUGUUCUUUAGAAAAGAAUCCAUGUAAUUAAAGUUUUUGUCCAUAUACACAUACACACGUGUUUGGUAGUUACAAAAGCUUUAAUUGGACAAAUGUAAAUUAAAGAAAGGAACUAAAUACAAAGAUACAACUUUCAUUAUCCCGUUAAAUGUUUAGUAACACUAAAAUGAGUAGCAGUGUACAGCCACUCUUCCUUGUGGUGUGUUUUCUUUGAGAAUGAAUACUAAUUUUAAAGAGAGAACUUUUUCUAUAGGGCUUUUUUUCCUGUAUAUUUUCAGUUAGAUAGUCUUGUCAAAAUCCAAAUCUUCUCCUCGUUCCCUUUAAAAAUCUUCCCAGUGCUGCAUCUGAGCCAGUACAUGAAUGUUCAGUGUUAUCACAGUAUAGGCAGCAAGAGCUCACUUUUGACAGGCAGCCUUUACACAGAAGGAUGGAGAAGACCAUGAAGCUGAACGCCUUCUCAUUGCUAUCCACUGGCUUUUUUGCUUAAUUAUGCAUACACAAACUGUGGAAAGUGAUAUAAUGUAGUCUGAAGAGGCAAUUUGGAAAUCUAGUUUAUGUCCAGUGGUACUACCCUGCUACUGUUAAUCCCAUCCCACAGUUAUGUGAUGGAAAUAUUCAGC